AUGAAGAAACCACCCAAACCCUCUACCGAGCAAGUCGAGUCAAAGAAGGAAAUAGCCGAACAGUUGUUAUGCGCGCUCGCUGUCAACUUCUCGAGCUGGGUCGUCCUGGCGGUCCUUGGCAGCGAACACUGCACAGUUGAGUCGGAGGUCCUCUUUGUCAUCUACGGCGUCGCCGCGAUGAUCGCAUUCCCGGUCUCGUGCAUCGCCAUCCUGGAACAUUGGCCGAAGGGUCCGAGAAGCACAUCCGGCAUCAUGACAGCCGGCAUAUUGGGCUAUAGUAUCGCGAUGGCCCACUCGUUCGUCACCGGGCCCUGGCCGACCAUCUUUACCAGGCACUCCUACCACUUUUCUGGGGUUUACAUCGGUUUCCUAAUCGAGGCGGCCACGGGAUGGUGCGACGGCUUAGCAUCGAUCAUGGCAGAGAAGUUUAGCAAAUGA